CAAGAAAACUUAACUAACCCUACUGUUGUACUGUGCUUGUUUUAUCUGGAAUCAAGACCAGACCAGCGUUCCGAAUGAGGUAGCACAAAAUAAACAAUUCUGAGCUUCAACAGGUAAAUCAAAUCUAACGCAUCUUUCUCUCUCUGCACAAUGCAUGUUUUACUCCUUUGCACAAUGCUACGCGAACCCUGUUCCAAUUGUCUUCUCUUGUUCUGUUGCUGUUAUUUUCAAUAAUGAUGAAUUUUGAGCAAUUAUAUUUAUGUUUAUUAUCAAUAUUAUCUGUGUAAUACUACUUUACUGAGCAGUAGUAUAUCAAAUACCCCCACUAUUCUGCCAUCAUACAUUUGCGCUCGGACGCUCUGUCUCCAUCCUUUUCACUCAGCUCUUAUUAUGAGAUUGUUACUAUGCCGUGAAAAUACGUGAAACACUUCUCACUCCUCACUUCCCAAAUAUAAAUCGAACCAAAAUCCCAAAUCCACAUCCAACCAAAUUGUUCCAGUUCUCAGUUUGUGAACCCAAAAUCCCAAAAUCGAACCUAAAGCUGUGAUUCUGCAUUUUGCGUUUGAUUUGUUUCAGUUCGUGAACUCAUGAUCAUCAUUUGAUUUGUUUCAGUUCGUGACCAGUGACCACCGUUUCAGUUCUGCCAAGAGUUACAAACUUAUGAAUGGCGUGGCUGGAGCUUGGAAAGAAGAAAAUAUAUAUGAAUUUUACUAGAGCUUUGGCUACAACAUCACGUAGGCAUGUGGUAGGGUCAAGUUUUGCUUCUAUAUUUGCUGAGCAAUAUGUUUAUGCUUCAGCAAGACGCACGCCUGAUUUCAUCAAUCGCUCAUAUUUGGGUGCGGCUGGUUUUUGUAGUGGGACUAAAGAAUGUGGAAUACGGUGCUUCCAUGCUAGCUCACAAGUCUGGGCAAAAAGUGAUGCGGCAUACGGUUUGAAGACCCCAAAGAAGGAGAAGUAUGUGAGGAGAGGCAGUAGAAACCAGCCUCCUGUUGAAGCUCCAUACGUCCCUCGUAACGUUGCAGCAACCAAAUCUAAUCCUGAUAAAACGAUAGAAAUAUUUGAAGGCAUGACCCUUGUUGAACUUGCAAAGCGUACUGGAAAAUCAUUAUCUUCUUUGCAAGAUAUUCUCACAAAUGUUGGUGAAAAGAUUGAAUCAGAGUUUGAUCCUCUCGGUAUGGAUAUUGCCGAGCUUGCUGCAAUGGAGGUUGGCGUCAAUGUUAAGAGGUUACAUUCAACUGAAGGUUCAGAAAUUUUACCACGUCCUGCAGUUGUAACAGUGAUGGGCCAUGUUGAUCACGGCAAAACUUCUCUUCUUGAUGCCUUGCGUCAAACAUCAGUGGCAGCCAGGGAGGCUGGUGGCAUUACUCAGCAUCUUGGUGCCUUUGUGGUGGGCAUGUCAUCAGGAGCAUCAAUCACAUUUCUUGAUACUCCUGGUCAUGCUGCAUUUAGUGCAAUGCGUGCAAGAGGUGCAGCAGUCACAGAUAUAGUAGUGCUAGUUGUUGCUGCAGAUGAUGGUGUAAUGCCCCAAACACUUGAAGCCGUGUCCCACGCAAAAUCAGCUAAUGUACCAAUUGUAGUUGCAAUCAAUAAAUGUGAUAAACCAGGUGCAAAUCCUGAAAAAGUAAAACUACAGCUUGCUUCCGAGGGCUUGCUGCUGGAGGAGAUGGGUGGGGAUAUUCAGGUCGUUGAAGUUUCAGCGAUUAAAAAGACUGGACUGGAUAACCUAGAGGUAGCUUUACUCCUUCAGGCUGAUAUGAUGGAUCUUAAAGCACGAUUUGAUGGGCCUGCUCAAGCAUAUGUGGUUGAAGCAAGACUUGACAAAGGACGGGGUCCAUUGGUGACUACUAUAGUGAAGGAAGGGACUUUAGUUUGUGGACAGCAUGUGGUUGUUGGCUCACAGUGGGGAAAAAUCAGGGCUAUUAAAGAUGCAGCAGGGAGGUCAACUCAACAAGCAACUCCGGCAAUGCCUGUUGAGAUUGAAGGGCUUCGAGGGCUGCCAAUGGCCGGUGAUGAUGUCAUUGCUGUUCAUUCUGAGGAGCGAGCUAGAAUGCUUAGUUCUGGUAGGAAAAAGAAAUUUGAAGAGGACAGGCUUAGGGGCAAGAUGGUGCAGAAUAUCCCAACUUCUUCAGAUGAUACUGAGGAGGUUCCGCUGAGGGUUGAAUUGCCAGUAAUUGUAAAAGGAGAUGUUCAGGGAACUGUUCAAGCCGUUACAGAUGCAUUGACAACUUUAAAUAGUCCUCAGGUUUCUGUGAAUAUUGUCCAUGUUGGCGUGGGGCCUAUUUCUCAAUCUGAUGUGGACUUGGCACAAGCUUGCGGUGCAUGUAUAGUUGGAUUCAAUGUCAAGAGUCCACCUAUUUCUCUUAGCCAGGCAGCAACUCGUGCUAGUAUCAAGGUAAUUGUGCAUCGAGUGAUUUACCACUUAUUGGAAGACAUAGCCAAUUUGAUAAUAGAGAAGGCCCCAGGUACAUCCGAGACUCACGUAGCCGGGCAAGCAGAAGUGCUGAAUAUAUUUGAAGUGAAAGGGAGCAAAUCUAAGGGACCAGAUGUGAAAAUAGCUGGUUGUAAGGUUGUUGAAGGUCUUGUGAACAGGUCAGCAACCAUGAGGCUUCUACGGAGCGGUGAACUGGUGUUUGAAGGACCUUGUUCAUCUCUUAAGAGGGAGAAGCAGGAUGUGGAUUCUGUGAAGAAGGGAACUGAAUGUGGACUAGUUAUCAGUAACUGUCAUGAUUUUCAGAUUGGUGAUGUUAUUCAGUGCUUAGAACAAGUAGUUAGGAAGCCUAAGUUUAUUAAGUCUGAGAGUGGCGCUGUUCGGAUAGAGUGCUGAUAAAGUCGAUACUUCUCUCAGCACACAUUUUUUGUGGUAAAAUUAUACCUGAGCUGCCAAAAUAACUAACAAAUACUGACAGAUUCUUAAUUUGUUAUAGUAUUAAAUUAAAGUUUUGAAGCCUAUCAUCAAAUUUAUAAUAGCUAUGUAUACUAGGUUUUUUGAUAUGUGCAUUGCACGUAUACUGAUCUGUGUUUAUGAAUUAUAUGUCAAACCACAACUCUAGCAAAAGUAUGGUAAUGUAAUUGUUGUAUUUCCAAAA